UUAAAAGUCAAAUACAUAUAUUUUUUAAUUUUUAUUUAUUUUUAUUUUUUUUUCACUUGAUAGGUUUGGCUAUCAAAAUAUGUUUGGUGUAAUUUUAAAAAAUGACAUUUAAAUAAUCGAUUGAAGUGAUUACUGCACAAUGAUUAAAAUAUCGUGCAACCAAACGACUGUAAUUAGUCUAUCGUCAUCAGCGUUGAGAAACGUAACACUACUGUAGGCUAUACACAAGUUUUAACACCCUACUUAAAUAAUUUCUACCUGUCGACAACGAGGAACAAACGAAAGACGUACCUGUGCUGCAAUAUGGCUGAAGUCGAAGACACUUUGAAGAGGAUUCACGGAUAUAGUGGUGUUAUUGGCACAAUAGUCGUUAACGGAGAAGGAAUUCCCAUCAGAACAACACUAGACAACUCAACGACGGUGCAGUAUGUAGGACUACUGCAUCAGCUGACUAUGAAAGCCAGGAGUACCGUCAGAGAUAUCGACCCCCAGAAUGACCUGACAUUUCUGCGCAUCAGGUCCAAGAAACACGAGAUCAUGGUGGCGCCAGAUAAAGAAUUCCUGUUCAUCGUCAUCCAGAGCCCAUCUGAAUAGAUGACAUACUCACUAAAUUAUAUUAGUUAAAACAUGUAAAUUUGUUUGUACACUGUCCUAAACAAGUAUAACAUUCGUCUAGUGAAUGUAUCUUUGGAAAUAAUCCAAUUUUCUUUUUAAAAUCAUAACAUUUGAUUGUGUAAUGUGAUUGAUUGCAUGUAAAGUCAUCAAUAAAUAAGUGAAUUGUUGUCUUUAUUAUGGAGUAUGGGUGUUUG